GGGGAAAAGAAAGUGAAGGAAAAAAUUAGCCAGCCUCUCCUAUUCUUUACGGGCAUACCAUUUUAUAUAUAAUACCCCCAUUUGCGAGGCAAUUUUUUUUUCUUUGGGAUCGCUCACGUGAUUUAUUUCACUGUGGCGUCAUUCAAGUAUACGUACCUUUCGCUUUAACGCCAGUUGGCGAAGAUCUCAAAGAAGCAUACACGCCGCAACGCGUACGUAACAUUAUUAUAAAAUAUGCGCCUAUUAAAACGCACUAAUCAAUCGCACUCGAAUUGAAGGCGCUCCUUCGGCAUAAAAAAAAAUAUGUUUUUGAUUUGAUUUUUUUAAAUUCUUUUUUACCUCCAAAUUGUUAACUACAACGCAGAAUUGUACAAGAGGAAAAAGAAAAAAAAAAAAAAAAAAAACUGUAUGAGGAAACAAUCCGCUUCAUUCAUUUUACCCACUUUUGGAGAUAAUCCCCUUUUAACCCAAAUAAUUUUUUCGCCUUUUUCCAAAAUGAAGUUCAACAAGCAAAUAUCCUCCGCCCGAAGGAAAAUGAGAAAGGCGCAUUUCACUGCGCCAGCUGGACUCAGAAGGAAAAUUAUGUCCUCCAAACUGUCGAAGGAGUUGAGAUUAAAAUAUAAGACGCGAGCGCUGCCCGUGAGGAAGGACGACGAAGUCCUCAUUUGCAGGGGACACAACCACGGCCGAGAAGGAAAGGUCGUGAAGAUAAACAGAAAGCGAUUUAAAAUAUACGUGGAAAGAGUCACCAGGGAAAAGGCCAACGGAGAGUCCACCUUCAUUGGCAUCCACCCCAGCAACGUCAUCUUGACCAAACUGAAAAUUGACAAGAACCGUAAAAAGAUCCUCGACAGAAAGGCGCCAAAGGAAAAGAUGUAAGGCGUGUGGGGUGUCCAUUUUGAGCGCUCUCCAUGCCAGCUAAGCCCGAAGGAAGAGGACCCACGGAAGUGUGCCACCCGUCGGCAGGGGGGUAGCGGCGGUUUAACGCAGUUUCGCAGAGUAUUGCAAAGUUCUGCAUUGUUUUGCAGCGUUUUUUCCUUUUAUUUGCUUUUUUUUUUUUUUCCUAAAAAACUUAUGAACGGGUCAGGUGAUUUUAAAUCUUUUGGAAUGC